AUGGUAUUGCUUUCCAAAUUGAAAGUCGUUACCCUCAGAUUGUGUUAUUUUCCAUCUUCCUGCGUAGUUGCUUCCACAUUUAAACGAUUUGUCGUUGGAGAUGUAAAACCCUCACAUUUUCCUCUUCAAAAUCUGCUACUCUGCAGACACUUCACCUCAGAGAGCUCAGAAACCCACCACGAUUUCACAGUCAAUUACCUCAUAAACUCAUGUGGGCUGUCCCCAGAAGGUGCGAUUUCAGCGUCUAAGUGGGUCGAGUUGCGAUCCCCCAAAAGAGCAAACUCCGUUUUGUCCCUUCUCAGAAACCAUGGAUUCUCUGAGACCCAGAUCUCCAGUAUCGUCAGGAAUCACUGUCCAGUUCUUAACUCCAAUCCGGAGAAAACCCUUCUGCCAAAGCUUGAGUUUUUCGCUUCUCUGGGAGUUUCAAAGGGGGACCUUGCAAAAGCUCUGGCAUAUGGACCGAAGCUUUUGUCUACGAGCUUGGAGAAACGGAUUGCACCCACUUAUGAUUUCCUUAGGAGUCUGCUGUCUCAGAAAAAUGUCAUUUCCGUUUUAAGGCGCGGCUCCUGGAUUUUCGCUGAAGGCCACUCCAAGAAGGUGGCGCCAAAUAUUGAGGUUUUGAAAAAAUCAGGUAUACCCCAAUCCUGCAUUUCUCAUUUGCUUGCUUAUCACCCCGAGGUUUUUAUGCGAAAGCCUAAAGAGCUUGGUGGACUUGUGGAUGAGGUUAAGCAAAUGGGUUUUAAUCUGCAAAAAUCAAAUUCGGUACUCGCGAUAUACGCAUUGUGUGGUAACAAUAGGUCUGUAUGGAAUCGAAGUUGCCAACUUUAUAAGAGGUGGGGUUGGUCUGAGGAUGAUGUUCUCUCUGCUUUCAGGAGGCACCCGCGCUGUAUGACUAUGUCGGAGAAGAAACUAAUGCUAGCAAUGGAUUUUUUGGUGAACGAGAUGGGGUGGUCUUCGAAAAUGAUUGCAAAACGGCCACUGGUUCUCCAUUACAGUUUGGAGAAGAGAUUGGUACCAAGGUGUUCGGUUGCUAAAGUUUUGUUGUUGAAGGGAUUGAUAAAGGGGAUUGAAAAUGUGAAUUUGAGUUCUUUGUUGGAGCCUGUGGAAAAGUGCUUCUUGGAGAGGUUUGUUGCCAGAUAUAUAAAUGAAGUACCUCAAUUAUUGAGUGUGUGUCAAGGAAGAGUUGAAGUCCAGGAUGAUUGA